GGCGGGGUUGAUUUGAAGAGAGGGAAGCUGCAUUCAGAGCAAAGGCAAACGCAGCUUUCAAACUGUGAAAAUAACUGCUCUUAGACGAGCUGUACCUUCUAUAUCUAGUUCAAGUCUCAGUUCGGCCACUGUUACUACAAUGACUCUUUCAAAGUUGCAAGGGGUCAAGCUCCCCGCAUCGGCCGACUUCCACGUCCACCUCCGCGAUGGGGACAUGAUGGAAUUGGUUACCCCCACCAUCAGACAAGGUGGUGUCAACACAGUCUUCGUUAUGCCAAAUCUCGUACCGCCAGUCACCACAGUCGACCGUGCGCUCGAGUACAAACAGCGUCUGCAAGCGAUUGAGCCAAACGUAAAUUUCCUUAUGUCUCUGUACCUGCACGAGUCCAUCACGCCGGAAACUAUCAUCGACGCCAAGAAGCGCGGCAUUACGGGAGUCAAGAGUUACCCGGCUGGCGUGACAACCAACUCCUCUGCCGGUGUUGUCGACUACGAGCAGUUCUACCCUGUAUUCGCCGAAAUGGAGCGCCAGGGGAUGAUCCUGAAUUUGCACGGGGAGGUUCCCUCUCAGGGUGAUGUGACCGUGCUCUCAGCCGAAGAGCGCUUCCUGCCUACCCUCGUGCAGUUGCAUGAGAAGUUCCCCAAGCUCCGUAUUAUUCUAGAGCAUUGCACCACCGCUGCGGCAGUGGAAGCUGUUAAGAAGUGCGGGCCGACUGUUGCGGGAACAAUUACCGCUCACCACCUUUCGAUUAUUAUUGAUUCUUGGGCAGGAGACCCUUUCUGCUUCUGCAAGCCUGUCGCCAAAACCCCUGCUGAUCGAGACGCUCUUCUGCGCGCCGCUGCCUCCGGCAACUCUAAGUUCUUCUUUGGCUCAGAUAGUGCACCGCACCCCGCAGCUUCCAAGAGAGGAGGAGAGAAGAUCGCAGCGGGUGUAUUCACCCAGCCGUACACGACCCAGCUCGUGGUUGACGCCUUCGAGCAGGCGUGCCGAAACGGCGUUCUGAAGGAAGAAGAUAUCACCCCCGAGAUCAUCGAGGGCUUCAUGAGUAAGUUCGGCCGCGCUUUCUACGGCCUCGAGGAGCAGAAGGAGUUCAUUAUCCUCGAAAAGAAAGGCGAGAAGGUGACAAAUAUACUCAAGUCGGAUAAGGUGGACGUGGUCCCAUUCAGAAGGGAUCAGGAGACAUGGAGCUUGGCUUGGUCCGCAUAGAGCGCUUUCAGCUGAAUUCCAUAGGCCGCA